CAGAGAAGAGAAACCAAACACACUGGGCCGGUCAGCGAGGAAACAAUUGUAAAAAAAGAGACCUAGGACAAAAAAAAGAAUGCUGAUUUUGUUCCAAGUUCCUGAAAAUUUCAAGGGCUCCUCAUACAGUUUCAGGAACAUUUGGAGUUUCUUCUUCUGAGUUAAGUGCAGCGUUUCAAAGAGCGCGAGCUAGCAUCAACACAAGUACUGACUCGGAGAAAUGGGACGCAUUGAGCACAUUAGCAGCCGUGUCCAGCACUGCAAACACUAGUCAGCGUUGUUCUGUCGGUGCUGCGCGUAACAUAUUGAUGCUCUCACUACUUGGACUUUCCUCACAUGUUUCCGUAACGUUAGCUCGUCGUUUUUGAUUCACUGCCUAGCUUGUGAUGGCGUGGCACUAGCUGCCUCUUUGUGUAACCGGUGUGUGGACUCUGCAUGGAGAACACGGAUGUUCCUCUUUUUACAAAGUCAUUACAAGGAACCAGAGGAGGAUAACAACCUUAAAACAGCCUCCACUGAGUCUGUGACAGCCAGCUGACAUCAUUCCACAACUUGUAGCCCCGCUGGUGGACUGGUGAGCAGCUGAACAUGGAAGAUGAGGUGUUUGACCAGAUUGUGUUCGUGUUUCACAACCUGGUGUCGUGGAUCGCUGCUGGUGCCAUGGUGUUUGGUGGACUGGUGCCCUACAUUCCCCAGUACAGAGACAUCCGGCGGACCCAGAAUGCAGAGGGGUUCUCCACAUAUGUGUGCCUGGUCCUCCUGGUGGCAAACAUCCUCCGGAUACUCUUCAGAUUUGGCCGCUACUUCGAGACGCUGCUGCUGUGGCAGAGCAUCAUCAUGAUCGCCACCAUGCUUGUCAUGCUGAACCUGUGCACCAACGUCCGCAUGGCCACUGAACUCAACACCAAGAGGCGCUCCUUCAUAGCGACAGACAGUAAGGACGAGGAGAUCAGAAUCCCUAAGAGGAUCUUUCUGGACUUUGACUGGAACUACUUCUGGUUGUGGAGUCGCUUCGUGGACUACAUCCAGUGCGUGCUGGCCUUCACGCUGACGGCGGCCUACAUCACCUACCUCUUCCUGGACUCUGCGCUGUUCGUGGAGUCGCUGGGCUUCCUGGCCGUCUUCACCGAAGCCAUGUUGGGGACGCCACAACUCUACUGCAAUUACCAGAACAAGUCCACAGAGGGCAUGAGUAUCAAGAUGGUGCUGAUGUGGACCAGCGGCGACACCUUUAAAACAGGCUACUUCCUGCUCACCCAGGCUCCUGUGCAGUUCUGGACAUGUGGCCUGCUGCAGGUUUUCGUGGACUUUGCCAUUCUGUUCCAGGUUUACUACUACAGUCGAUACCCACAGAAACCAGUGUCCCACACCGUGUCCCACACCACCAGUGCCAAAGCCCUCUGAAAGCCUGUGAGAGCUCUCAAAGGACAUGUCAAACACAGCGGUGAGGAAGCACUUCUAGAGGUGCUGUGGACGUGUAUAAACACACAUGAGUGCCGAAGCACCUUGAGAUGAUGCAGGCUGCUCACCCUCAUCCACAAGUAUACAUAAAGACACAUACACACCCAUAAAUAAGGCAUGGACAUACACAGACACUCGGAGGUGUUGACGUUUGUAGCAAUACCCGAAGGACACUUGUUACAAACAAACUCAACCUUUUCAUUUUUAUUUAUCCUCCUGACUCUUUCUCAAAGUGACUGUAUGCUCGUGUUUAGGAAUGCAGACUCCUCAAAGAAUAUAUCCUUGAACUGACUUGUGCAUGUGGAGAUUAGUAUGCGCAUACAUGAAUAUAUACAGUAAGCAAACGCAGAUGUAGGCGCUGAGAUCUGCGCUCGAGGAAGUAAGGACCAACGUUUGUCGUCCGCUUUUAGCCGAUGAUUGUUGCAUGGACCCUCUGCCUUAAAACACACUCAUUCAAACACGGCUUGCUGCGAUACCAGCAAUAGAAAUGUAUGAAUCAAAAAAAAAAAAAAAAUCUUGAUAGACAAUGUAACUGAAUGUACAAAAUGACUUUUGUUAUUUAGUUGUUUUUCCCCAACACAGUGGAGAAAUGCUGGUCAGUCUACCACUUGUUGGACAGACGGUUGCCGUGUGCUGUGGCACACUCGAUCUCUGAAAUGGAAUUGUAAGAAAAGUCGAGGCAAUCAGACUUUACCAAAAGAGGGAAAAAUGCCAAAGGCUUGAAGAUUGAUUGCAUUGGCUUUUUUAAAAAUGAGUGGCCUUGUGGGUAACAGAGUCUUGAGAAAAUCCAGGUUUGUAAAAAAAGGUGUUUAGUUGUUGGAAACAUGAAAGAUCAUGAUCAGUGUUCAGGCUGCGUACAGUAGGCCGUCGAAAGGUCAAUGUCAAGAUUUUUAUACUGAAGCUGUUGCUAAUUUUUUUUGUCUAUAAUUUUGAUCAUUUUCAUUCCGCAAAUUCCAAAAGCACCACAGGAGUCAGUUCAUCCUCAGAUCUCACCACUCUUAAGAUGCAUUUAGACUUAACUCAAAGUGACGAAGAAGAAGAAAUACUUCACCCACAAAAUGACCAUUUGUAUGUCAGUAAGAAAACGCUGCUCUCACGUUUCCAUGGUAAACAGAGAAUCCAAAAUAGGCGACUAUUCUUAAUGAAGUCAUUGGGAUGCACUUUUAACAACAGCAAUACUUUAACAAAACAUUUGUUGACAGACUCUCACGCAGCUCAUGUAGUAAAAUCUAAGUCUCAUGUAUCCAUUCGUACGCUCAGUACUUUUCAAUCAGAUGCAUUUUUGCUAAAACGUUACUUUUUAAAGGCCCUGACAUACCAAGCCGACGCUUGUCCUUCAAGUCAGUUUUGGGCCAUCGGUGAGCAUCUGUUGACCUAGUCUUGACCUCGUCUGCUUUUUUUUUUUUUUUUUUUUUUUUAGCCAAUUCAACAUAUAGUAUCUGCGUCGGAGACUCAGCACAGCUGUGAUUGAGAUAACUGUUCAGCCCAGCUCAGUGUAAGAGAAGAGAAAGUGAGGAAAGCAUACAAAGAGCUAAACACCAGGGGGAGUGAGAUAGAAAUCACCUCGAUAUAUGAGGUAAGAUUAUUUUCUUUAGCAGAAACGUCACCUGGUGGUUUGUGUUAUUAUUCAAUGGCACAUGGUGAAUAUGCUUUGUUUUUUCAAUGUUGAAUUGUGUUGUUGAUGUGCCAACUGGCUAACUAGUGUCCGAUGGGUCGUUCCGUUUCCGUUUGAAGUAGGGUUACAUGCGGUUGCAGUCUGCUUAUAUGGAGAGUUAUUUCCUCUCACGUAGGUGCAGAACGUACAUGCUCUUUGGCCAUCAGUGUGUUUAUGUGCAACUUUUUGGCCGAGACACAGGCGACUUUUGUCGCCACUACUUCUUUGAUGUCUUCUUGAUGUUUGGUCUAUCUGGGCUUUAAACAUUAGUACAAACAGUCUCAUUCACGAAGUAGCAUGAGUGGGCUCGUACAUGUGUUUGAAUUUUGCUGCUCAAGCAGAGCUCCUCUGAAACCGCGUGCUUAGGCACACUCAGGGCGCCCUACUUGUCAGCGUUAUUGUUUCAUAUUGUAAUGUUUUAGCAAAAAUGCAUGCAUUUUGCAGGUCGUGAGCAUACAACUAGAUAAAUGAGAUGUGGACAAUACUGAUAUGUGACUUUUGAUAUAGUUUUGCUUUUGUCAAACGUGAACCCCAAUGACUUCAAUUCAUCAAGAGUUUCCCAUCUUUUUUGUGUUCUUUCUGUGUUCAUCCCAGAAGAAUGUAAGUUAAAAAAAACAUGUUUUCUUCCACAAUUCAAGGCAACAGGUGGUGAAUAAUUUGUCUACAAAUUGUCAUUAUGCAGGUGAAGUAUUCCUUUAAGUCAAGGCAUAAUUGCAUAUGAAGUUACUGAUAUAAGUGGGUGAGAAUAUGCUCUGGACAGGGAAAAGUGAAGCAAGUCAUCAUUAGUUGAGAAGGUGUACUUUUGGUUAAAAACAAAAAAAACUGUUUUAUGUCAGUUUAUAAAUCUACUUCAUAAAGUUACAUGGAAUAGAAUGAAACAACAAAGAUGAUCUCAGAAGUGAUUUUGGUGGGUGCAGAGGUUAUUUUUGCAGAUGGAAAUUACAGCGAAAGGAUCACUUUUUAGAGACUGAUAUUUCUGAAUAUGUUCAGCAAAAUCAUAUCUUCCCUUCAUGUUGGCCGUGCAUAAGACUGACUGGCCAGUUUAUUAUUCAUACCUCAGAUCCAAUAACAUCCCCUGAUAUCCCUCCUCAUGACUCCACAUCAUUGUAUGUGGCUGCUUUGGGCAGGUUGGGCUCAUUACCAUUUUGUCACAAGAAAUUAAUUUCCUGUUCAGAUGGAGAAGCAGCCACAUAACACAGUGAGGAUUUUGUUUGUUACUGUUGUUGUUUUGUAAUCUUUCUCUGGGGAGGAGAGAAAUGCCAAACCAGGAGGUGUCAGGACUGUCAGCCCGUCAGUGAACUGUGUACCAGAGCAGACCUGAUUCUGUCCUCCUCUUCGAAGCCUCAAGAAACGGAAACUUCCCUUUUGUUCCAGAGGGACGUGGCUGGAAUUUUUUUUAGGAAUAUUUAGUUCUACACUCUUAAAUAUACAAAAAGACACAGUGGCUCCUUGGUUUCUUAGCUGUGGAUGUGCACUUUUGUUUGCAUUCACACCUUUUUCAUCACCAUAUUUAUUUUGUUAUCCUUUAUUUAAAAAAAAAAAAAAAAUCUUCAAAUGCAAGUGCAAGAUGGUGUAUUCCUGUUGUGUUAUUCAGACAGUGGUGAGGGUGACUGUGUUGUAUGGAUCAUGUGAGAUACCUGACAGGUUCAUGACCUCAGAGUUUCACUUUGUUUCAUCCAAUGUAUCAGUUUUUCUGUUUAUUUUUUGUACUUUUGUAUCGUUUAUUUUAUUCACUUAAAAAUAUGAAGGUAUUUUCCCAUAGAAACAGCCAAGUUGUGCGUUGUCUUAACUGUGAAACCUACACCUAAUUCAUAAUGUACCAAAAUAUCAUUACCAGUAUGUUUUUUAUGCCAUUUUUAUUUUACUAUUUUACAUUUUAGUUUGUUUCAUUUUUCUUUUAAACUGCCAAUUGUUCAUCUGAAUAUCCAAUGACAUUCAGGCUUGUAACAGGUUCUGUAUGCGACAUUCAGUGCAUUAAUAUAGCAGGAAACUACUUUUUGCUAUGGAAAGACAUAGUGGAGAAAUGGCGUCCUGAGCUUCUCUGUUUUUUUUAUUUUGGUAGCCAGUCUGCGAGCAUGAUAGAGCAUGUAAGUUCCUUGCUGUCACUGUCAUUUUUUUAUUUAUAGUAUAAAAAUAUCCCAAGUGCACUGCAUUUUCCCAUACAUCUCAGUGUGGACAUACUUAUGCACCCAAAACAGCAAGUUUCCAGUUUAGGAUACUUUCUCUCCCAAGUCAACAGUGCUAGGAAUGUUCGCCUUCUUCGCACCAUCGGCUGGUAGCUGCCAGCUCAGCUACUUCAGUAUUGGGAACCAAGUGCAGACAAUCCUGGCUCAGGCUAUAAAUCAUGAAUGUCCAAAAUGUCGCAUACGGCUCCUUUAACCCUUUGAAACCUGAACAAAUUGGCUUGAUUUCUUUUAAAAACAUGGGAAGAAGGAAGAAAUGAAGAA